ACUUUUAUUCAUUUCCAGGAUACUAAUUCUUGAUAUCAGCAAUUAAAUUUUUACUUGUUAAAAUUAUAUUUUUUGAUAUUAGUUAUGAUAUUUAGUUAUUGAUAUCAGGAAUUAGAUUUCUACUAUAAUAAUGGCAAUUUUUGAUAUCAGAAAUUACAUUUCCACUAGUAACAAUUCUUGAUAUCCACAAUUCAAUUUUCACUAUUUAAAAUGUUAGUUUUUGAUAUCAACAAUCUAAUUUCAACUAGUAAAAACUAUAAUUCUUGAUAUCAUUCAGAAGAGUUAUAUUUGACAGAUUAUAGCUCACCUAGUACUUUUUACAUCUUAAAAUUACACUCCAGUGAUCAAGAUUUGGUUGUCUAAUGUUAAGAUAAUAUGAAUAAUUUUAAGUGUAAGAUUUAUGGGCUAUUGGUCUAAAACUGCACUGUUUUUUUAAUGUAGGAUUUCCAAUGGCCACACGAAGAAGGAAACCACCAACACAGGAUGCCAUAGAACAUGCUGUGAAGGCCCAUGACAAGACAGCAGAGUUAGAAGUGCAAUACAUUAACUCUUUUAAAGGUCGAGGGGUGUUUGCCAAGGCCCGUUUCAGAAAAGGAGACUUUGUGGUGGAGUACAGAGGAGAAUUAAUCGAUUCUAAAGAAUCUCAGAGGAGGAGGAGGACAUAUCACAAUAGAUGUGGUGUUUUCAUGUUUGACUUCUACUGGCAAGAAAAAACAUGGUGUGUUGAUGCAGCUAGAGAAGAUGGCAGCCUCGGGCGACUGGUUAAUGAUGACCACAAGCAUCCAAACUGCAAAAUGAAGAGGGUCAUAACGGAGGGCAAACCACACCUCUGCCUAUUUGCUUUGAAGGACAUUUAUGAAGGAGAAGAAAUAACAUAUGACUAUGGUGGAACUGAUUGGCCUUGGAGGAAACAGGAGGACAAACAAUCGGAUGCCACUGAGUCUUUUGAGCCUGACAUCUUCAGAACAACCGAACAGACUCCUCAGAGGUCAUCCAACGUCAAGACACAGGAGGACAAACAAUCGGAUGCCACUGAGUCUUUUGAGCCUGACAUCUUCAGAACAACCGAACAGACUCCUCAGAGGUCAUCCAACGUCAAGACACAGGAGGACAAACAAUCGGAUGCCACUGAGUCUUUUGAGCCUGACAUCUUCAGAACAACCGAACAGACUCCUCAGAGGUCAUCCAACGUCAAGACACAGGAGGACAAACAAUCGGAUGCCACUGAGUCUUUUGAGCCUGACAUCUUCAGAACAACCGAACAGACUCCUCAGAGGUCAUCCAACGUCAAGACACAGGAGGACAAACAAUCGGAUGCCACUGAGUCUUUUGAGCCUGACAUCUUCAGAACAACCGAACAGACUCCUCAGAGGUCAUCCAACGUCAAGACACAGGAGGACAAACAAUCGGAUGCCACUGAGUCUUUUGAGCCUGACAUCUUCAGAACAACCGAACAGACUCCUCAGAGGUCAUCCAACGUCAAGACACAGGAGGACAAACAAUCGGAUGCCACUGAGUCUUUUGAGCCUGACAUCUUCAGAACAACCGAACAGACUCCUCAGAGGUCAUCCAACGUCAAGACACAGGAGGACAAACAAUCGGAUGCCACUGAGUCUUUUGAGCCUGACAUCUUCAGAACAACCGAACAGACUCCUCAGAGGUCAUCCAACGUCAAGACACAGGAGGACAAACAAUCGGAUGCCACUGAGUCUUUUGAGCCUGACAUCUUCAGAACAACCGAACAGACUCCUCAGAGGUCAUCCAACGUCAAGACACAGUGCCCACACGAUCCAGAACCCUUACCUUCAAUGAACAAAGUUGGAAUGAAUCCUUCCCUGGUGGACUACACAGAUUCUGAUGAAUCUCAGAGUCCAAGCACAAAUCAUGACCAGUUUAAUUCAAGCUGCCAGACAUGGUGUCCGACUUCUGAGUUCGAAUUAAGCCUCACCCACCAGGACAGAGAUUAUGUUCCAAGGCUGAGGAGGACCAAAAGCGUACAGAUGAACAGAAAGGUUGAGUUUGCUUCAGAUGAGCUUUUUGACCUCACCUCGGGCAGCAGUGGAGAGGAAUAUAUUCCUCACAGUAGUGAGGAUUCAUCUGAAGGUACAGACACAAGCGAAGUCAUUCAACCAGUCAAUCAGAAAGAGAGCAUGCUUAGAUUUCCAAUCCUAGGGAAGUAUGCUGACGUCCGAGAACUGAACGAUGUGUCGUCAAAGCAAAUCCUUAACAGAGGACGCUCACCUUCAAGAAGAGGGGGCAACUCUGGUGUGAGACGUAAAAGGCAAUGUUCAAGCAGUUCAAGACGUGCAUCCUACCCUACAACACAAGCAAGUAGUGGUCACUCAACAAAACGGAGUGGAGACCCUGAAUCUGUAUUACAGAAUACAACAGCUGAUCUGGAGAAAGAUCUUCCUGAAAGUGCCUCUUCCCUCCAUACAGAAGAUGUAGCUGAUGGUUCACUUUCCAUAUCUGCUGUCUGUAAAAAGGAGAAUGGGUCAAGAAUGUACAACAAAAAACAAUACUGUUUGUACUGUAGGGAGGGAUUCAUAAAAAUGGCAAGGCAUUUGGAGCGUGCUCAUAAAGAUAAACCAGAGGUUGCACAGGCUCUGUCCUUUCCAAAAGGCUCCAAAGAAAGACGAAUGCAUAUGGAAUAUUUGAGAAACAGGGGCAACUUUGCACACAAUGUGGAUGUAUUAAAUGCUGGUGUUGGAAAUCUUGUUCCUCGCAAGCAACCAAGGAAGGAUUGUCAAGCACAGAAUUUCCUGCAUUGUAUACAUUGUCAUGGUUUCUUCACAAAGAACGUUCUUUGGCGGCACAUGAUGACCUGCAAGUUCAAGCCGAGUGUUCCACAAAAACCUGGCAAAACUCGUGUCCAGGCCCUCUGCGCAUUUGCUGUACCUCCACCACCUGGUGUCAAGGUGGAAUUUUGGAAGCUGCUAAACAACAUGGUUCAAGAUGAAGUUUAUUCUGUACUGAAAUCGGAUUUCUGUAUCAUGGAGUAUGGUGAGCAUUUGUAUAACAGGCUUGGAUAUGAUGUUGGCAAACAUGAAUACAUCCGUCAGAAACUGAGAGAGCUAGGAAGGCUUCUGAUAUGCUCAAGAAAAAACACUUCCUUGAAGACCAUUAAAGAUCACAUCAAACCUGCCAAUUUUAUGCAAGUUGUGGAAUCAGUAAAACUCUUAGCAGGCUAUGACAGUAAAACCCAUGCAUACAGGUGCCCAAGUCUAGCUCUCAAAAUUGGACACAACUUGACAAAGAUUUCAAUGCUUCUUGAAAGCCAUGCAAAUCUACAGAACGACUACAGUGCUGCAAAAGAUGCUCGUACAUUCCGCAGAGUGUAUGAAACCAGAUGGAAUGAACUGAUAUCAGCCGCAUCACUGAGAACUCUUCAGGAAUCUAAGUGGAAUACUCCUCUGUUGCUUCCAUUCACAAAAGAUGUCCAGACUCUCCAUUCGUAUUUGGAUGUGCAACAACAAGAUCUUCACAGUAAACUGUCUACAGAGGUAUCCCCCCAGACGUGGGCAAAACUGGCAAAGGUCAUUUUGGCACAAGUCAUUUUGUUUAAUCGACGAAGAGCUGGGGAGGUGUCAAAAAUGACCCUUUCUGCAUAUGUAUGUCAAAAUCCAUCCGACCCACAUGAAGAUGUGAAUGAAGCCCUCUCAGAUCUAGAGAAGAAACUCUGUCAGCAUUUCAGCAGGAUUGAGAUAAGAGGAAAAAGGGGAAGAAAAGUUCCUGUGCUUUUGACCCCAGUGAUGAAGCAAGGACUGGAUCUGCUUGUCGGCACACGGCAGGAAUGUGAGGUUCCUCGAGAGAAUGUAUACCUAUUUGCAAGACCAUCGGCUUUGACCUGUUACCGUGGGUCUGAUUGCCUUCGACACUUUGCCAAGGUCUGUGGUGCAAAAAGUCCUGAAAGUCUCACUUCUACAAAACUACGCAAACAAACAGGAACACUGUCUCAAGUUCUCAACCUCAGUAAUACAGAGCUGGAUCAGUUAGCUGAUUUUCUUGGGCAUGACGUUAGAGUGCACCGGCAGUUCUACAGACUUCCUGAAGGCACCCUCCAACUUGCAAAAAUUAGCAAAGUCCUCAUGGCUCUGGAUCAGGGACGCCUGGCAGAAUUCAAGGGCAAGACACUGGAUGACAUUAACAUUGAUCCCGAAGGUACUUAUUAUUAGGACUGUCAAUUACUUAAAAUAUUUAUUGUCCAUAGUUCACUCACGAUUAUUCGCAGAUUAAUAGUGCAUUUUUUUUAUCUGUUCUAAAUGUACCUUAAAGGG